GGCAUGGAUCCGUUCAUACAGCUGAGUUACAGCGAACAGUGCCCCCAGAAAACUUCCAAACCGCAAGAAAUAGUAUUAGUCAAUAAAGGAAAGGUUCCUGAACGCUUUUGGUUGGACUUAUUGGAGAGAAAUUGUCCAGAAGGGCUGGGUGAAGUUAGUGAAGGAUUGGUGAAUGAUGAAAACCUUACACCAGCAGACUUUCUUGAUGAUUUGAAUGCAUCACCAGAUGCUGGUGCCUCCCAACAAAUAAAAAUCAGCAAUGAUUGUCGCACAGAUUUCAAGCCAGUGAAUGGUGAUUGGUUAAAGACACCAGUAACCUCAAGAUACAGUCACAAAAUUACUGAGACAUCAUCUUUAUUCUCUCAGGAUGAGUCAACUAUUUGCAGUCCUACAUCAAGUUUGAAGUCACAGCCUACCGGUCAUGGAGUUGAAGAGUACAAUCAAGCUGAAAGAAGCCCUGACCCUUCUCAGACUCCUACCACUCCAAUGGAUUUGUCCAGGAACAAAAUUGGAAGUGAUUGGUCUGCAAGAAGAUCAACAACGCCAGACAUUUUAGCGGAAAUACUGGGCCAAAGAGAAUCAUCUUUGUCGCGCCUGUUAGCUGGAGGUCAUGAGGACGACAUCACAGAAUGGUCCGAAUCGAUGGCAACUCCGCCGUUAAAGACAACAGAACCAGCUGGAGACCCAUCUGAUUGCCAAACGGACGGUGAGAAGACCGAUGAAAAUUUGAUGGGAGAGGAAGGGCAAAUACCAGCUAAGCGCAUUGCCCGUGUCCUAUUCUCGGGAUGUAUCUCGAAUCAGUCGAUAGAAGCCACGGAACUGUCUCUGGACGAGGUUAAGGUGAAAGAAAAGUCUUUGGUGCCACUGAAGAAUAAGGAUUCGACGUUACAAACAGCUCCAAGAAUAGGGACAGAUAGCUCACUCAUAGAAGAGGAAUUUGUUAUGGAGUAUUCUUGUCACGAGGAGUCAAAACGCAGUGAUGUAACUCUUUCAGAACCAUUGCUAGGGAUAUCUAAACAUACAUCGUCUGCUAAAAGGCCUCUUAGCCGAAUUGAUGCAGAUGUUGCUGGUAAAACGACGUACAUUUCUCCACCGUCUGCUAAAGCGAGCUUGUUACAUUCACCCCUUCCAAACAAUUUUCUUUCACCCAAAAGUCAGAGUCCUUUUCAAGUCCUAGCCCAGUCCACUCCAAAGCAGUCUUUCAAAGACGAUCAGCACAAAGUAAAAAACAGGCUAAGGAUUAAUGAUAAGAUCGUAACUACGUACCACGACACCAGCCUUCCACGUGAUACAAACGUGCACAACUGCACGCUCAACCAAUUGUGUGACAUUAGCGGCAAUGUGGAAGUCCAUGUUGCGUCAGGUGAUACCAGCUACGCAGAUGAAUUAGAUUGUAAACUCGAGGUUACUGAUGUUACUUUCGGUUCACCAUCGAGAUCGUUCGAACUGGCCAUGGCUCGCGAGGCGGACAAGCUGUGUUCUGGGAAAGAGAAAGAUUCACGCACCUCCGGACUAGGUUCAUCAUUGUCCGUAAGUUUAAACGCUCAGUCACAGAACAUUGACGAUGAAUUGAUUAAGAGCACCGUCUCCCAGCCAACCGAUUGCAUUCAAGAGACUGCUCAAAUCCCAAGAAAUGGAACCACAUUGCAAACCCUGGUAGGAAAGAAUGAUAUCAUGAUAUCUAGUGCGCCGGCCGGUGAGUCAUUGCAUGGUCGUAGUAACUACUUAAGAAAAAGGUCUUUCGGCAAAGUCUCCGGAAUUCGACGCUCAGCUCGAACCAAACGAUUCUCUUAUCCCUCCGCGAGUCAAGUUGGUGAACACCACAUUGGAAAGAGUAUCAAAAGAACUUUUACAAAUGAUGAUGUUUCAUUAACUGCGAAAAAGGAAAACCCUAGCAUUAGAGAAGGAAAAGGCUCAGUGAACUGUGAGAGGUACGAUGAUAGCGCUCUUUGUGCUACCCUCAACAGCAGGGAUAAUGAUAUUGAAAUGCCACUUUCAAAAAGACUUAAGUUUGAGGGAUUGAGUGCGUCUUGCAAAAGUGAGAACAAUUUGAACCCAUCUUCCAUAGUGAAUAGCAAGGAAAAAGACGUUUUUCUUUAUGAUAUGGAUGCUCUCACUCAAUUUCCGAUGGAAUACAUUUGUUCUUCUCCACCGGGAGCAUCGAGACCACGCCAAGAAAAGAAGGAGGACGUGACAGAAAGCGUUAAGCCAGGCGAGCUUCUUUUUUUUGAUGGCAGCAAGGAGCCAUCAUCGAGGUGUACAGAGGAGGAAGAAUUACAGCCCGUUUAUGGGAACACAAGGGAGAUUUCGGAUGUAUCACAUAGUAGAGCGGUAGCCUCGCUUGAUGAUGGCAAAUAUCCAUCGUUAGCAGACGAAAUAGUCGGGGAUGAUGACCAAGUCUGGGAAAAUAACUUAAUCGAGGCAGGGAAACUUACAAUAACCGCUUUGCACGAACCUCAGAGCAGAGGGUUAGAGCCCACGCAAGCCGACAAUUGUCAAUAUUUCGAAAGAUUUUCUCCCAAGAAAACAGGAGUUUACGUUUCGAGCGAAGAUAAGAACAUUAAGUCGUUCGUGACGGACGGAACAGGCUUUACAGGCUUCAAAACAGCAAGUGGAAAACACGUGUCUGUAACUCUUGAAGCUAUGGGGAAAGCGAAAGCUGCCAUUAAGAAGAUUGAGGAUUCGUUGGGUUUGUGUGAGGGUGAAAGUAAGCAAGUACUACGACAUCUACAGCCUGAGGUUAGUACGUCAUGUAAUGCAACACAAAAUAACGGCCUCGCCCCUAACUUAAAUGAUGUAAGCUUGAAAAAGAGAGUUGGUGAGACAAGCGAUGAAAACCUUACUGGUUUCGAGAGAGUACAAUCGUCUGUGCUGCCUGGAUUUUGUGCGUUUUCGACAGCUAGCGGCAACCAAAUUCACAUAUCUCAAUCUGCAAUGCGGAGCGCAAGGAAAACCCUAAGUGAAGUAGACAACGACAUGAAAGCUAGCAGAAUUGUCCAUGACAAGGGAGUUGAAAAAGCAAAAGAGGAUCCAUGUUUCUCUAUGGAAAGAGGUAAAAGGGAUCCAGUGAACGGGCUCGCCUCUGCUUAUAACAUAAAUGACAAUUUGGGUUAAAAGGGGGAAAUUCCUCUUUUAAAGGAUGCAAUUAGUGAUGAGCCUUGUCUACAAGAAAAGACUUGCUCUGAAACUAACAGGAUAGCCGCGUUCUCUAGUGUUGUGGCUAAGGAACCCGCCAGUGGGAAUGAUGAUCCCGAUUCUGCUCUAGCUGCAUACAUACCGGUUGAAGGAAAGCAGCGUGAAAGUGCACCUCUGGAGGACCACUUGAAAAAGAAAUCUUCUACAGCACGAGCUGGGGAAACAGAAAAUAAGGACAUAACUUUGCAGAGUCCCACGCAUGUCGUGGGUGGUUCUUUAAAUAACAAUGGUGAAAAUGUUCAUGAUUCGUUACUCGAAGACUUGUUGAAUGACUUCAAGUGCAAAAGGCGAGACUCCUUGAUCGCUAUCAGCGAGGAGAGUGAUAAAGUGGAGGAACCUGAUAUUAACACGACAAGUGCAGUCAACAGCUCUUGGGAACUGAGACAUAAACUUUGUAAUGAUGAGUACUCUUCAGAGUGCAAUGGAAAUGUUUUAACAGAAAUUCUCCCUGAUGAUGCGGGAAAAAACACCGCGUGGCGCACUUCGAUUAAAGUUGCAAGCAUUUCUACAUCGGAAGAAACCACUGCACUCAGUACUACGAUGCAAAGCGGGGAAAAAAUUGUCCCUCCAAUUUCCUUUUCUGGUUUCCAAACUGCCAGUGGUCAGCAAGUAAAACUGUCUGCGGAGUCCAUGGAAAAAGGUGCGGCCAUAAUGCAGGAGAUUGAUAAUUCCAUUCUGCAUAACAAGGACACCACUGCAUCUCCAACUACCUUUCCUGGUUUCCAAACUGCCAGUGGCAAGCUUGUGAAACUAUCCGCAGAGUCAAUGGAGAAAGGAGCGGCUAUAAUGCAGAAUAUUGAUAAUUCCCUUCAGCGCAACAGGGACACCACUCAAACUUCAAGUACCUUCUCUGGUUUCCAAACUGCCAGUGGCCAGAAUGUUGAACUCUCUAAGAGGUCCUUGGAAAAAGGUGCGGCCAUAAUGCAGGAAAUUGACAACACCAUUCAGCUUAACAGAGACGCCACUACACCUUCCAAAGCCUUUUCUGGUUUCCAAACUGCUAGUGGCAAGCUUGUGAAACUAUCUGCAAAGUCAAUGGAGAGAGGAGCGGCUAUAAUGCAAAAUAUUGAUAAUUCCCUUCAGUGCAACAGGGACAUCACUCAAACUUCUAGUACCUUUUCUGGUUUCCAAACUGCCAGUGGCCAGAAAGUGAAACUCUCUAAGCGGUCCACGGAAAAAGGUUCGGCCAUAAUGCAGGAAAUUGACAAUUCCAUUCAGCAUAAUAGAGACACCACUGCAACUCCAAAAUUCUUUUCUGGAUUCCAAACUGCUUAUGGGCAGCUCGUGAAACUAUCCACGGGGUCAAUGGAGAAAGGAACGGCUAUAAUGCUGAAAAUUGAUAAUUCUCUACAACAAAAGAGGGAGACUGCUGCACCGCCAAAUGCCUUUUCUGGUUUUCAAACUGCUAAUGGCCAACAAGUGACACUAUCCGAGGAGUCAAUGAAAAAAGGCGCGGCCAUAAUGCCAAAGAUUGACAAUUCUAUUCAGCAAUGCAAGGAGAUCUCAGCGCCCUCAACUGGCUUUUCAGGUUUUCAAACUGCCAGUGGCCAGAAAGUAAAAAUAUCCGCGGAGUCAAUGGAGAAAGGAACGGCUAUAAUGCAAAAGAUUGACAAUUUCCUUCAGCAAAGCAGGGAGACCAAUGUACCACCAAAUGCCUUUUCUGGUUUCCAAACCGCUAGUGGCCAGAAAUUUAAGCUAUCUGAGGGGUCAGUGGAGAAAGGUGCGACCACAGUGCAGCAGAAUCACGAUUCUCUGCAGCAAAACAAGGACAUUUCUGCACCUUCAACUGGCUUUUCUGGUUUCCAAACUGCCAGUGGUCAGAAAGUAAAACUGUCUGCGGAGUCAAUGAAGAAAGGAACGGCUAUAAUGCAAGAAAUUGAUAAUUUCCUUCACCGAAACAAGGUGAGUACUUUAUCUGAAACGGCAAGCGGCCAGAAAGUGAACUUUGAAAAACAAUCUAUAGAGAGAGGAAUGGCUAUCAUGCGACAGAUUGACAAAUCCAUUGAGCAAAAUAAGGGCAGUAGUUCCUUGGAAAAUGGGGCUGCAUACCUGCAGAAUGCUGACCAAUCUUUUCAGAAAAACGUAGACGGCAAUGAGCCCACAAAUUGUUCUUCUGAAAACGGUGCAAACGUAACCAGUGCAUUUUUUUCUGGUUUUCAAACUGCAAAUGGUAAAACGAUACAGAUCUCGGAAUCAGCACUCGAGAAGGCAAAAGACACUAUGGCUAGCAUUGAGAAUGAUAUACAAAAGUCCAGGUCAGGAACAGAACGAAUUUUAGACGAUUCUUUAUUUAAAAGAGUGAACGGAUGGAAACCUGUUGAUCAGGAUACAGAUACUUUAAUCAACGACUGUCACGUUGUAACUGCGGUGGUUCCUGGAAGGUCCAUGCCUUUACAUGACGGACGCUGCUCAGUUGAACACGAUGAUGCGGUGUCCCGUGAGAUUCUCGAAAGUUCUGAAGCCCUCUUGGCAUAUGAAUCUUCUUUGGAUGUCUCAGAAUACGAUAAGGCUUCUGUUGCAUGGGAUUCAUUAAGCAAAAGUGCAGUUUCAAUGACAGGAAGUGCUAAAGGGUUGUCUCAUUGUUGUAAGGAAGACCCUCAAAGGCGCCACUCAACACCCGUGAGGUGUGGCGAGGACAUGCUAAACAGAACUCAUAGAGAUACUCGGAGUGGAAUGAAACCGUGUUCAACAACACCAUCAGGUGUUUUCCAUGAUCGGAGGGUACACUUUCGUGCUCCUUUGCGGGCGCGCCUGGCCACAGUCGAAAACACGUGCAGAUCAAGAGGAUCAGACAGCACUCGCUCGUUGAACCCAUUGCGAGCCACAACCCCUGGCUGCUUCAAAACCAAACAUAGUCCAUCACCAAGAACUAGCACCCCUUUGAAUGCCAACGCAAAGCAUUGGACGUCUGUCCCUCGUCCGCUUUUCAUUACGCCUUACAGAAACCGAGAACUGUCAACGGUUGUUUCUCCCCUUGCCCGUUGUAGCAGCUCGUCUUUUCCAGUGAGUGAGUCCCCAAAGCCUCUAGUAACAGACUUGAUGGUACCAAGUGCAAAGAAAGCAAAAGUUUCAUCACCAAAUUGGUCAUCUAAAAUGAAAUGUGAUCAGCUUGACAUUUUAUCUAAGUGCAACGAGAGAGUUAAACCGCUUCCUGGUUUCUUGUCUGGAUUGCGCCGCCAUAAUCAACGAAUAAAGCUCAAGGAUUAUGUCGGGAUUGGCACUCUUCCAGGGAGACACACUCCUGUAGAGUUGCUUCAGCUUGGUUUGUCCCCAGAGGUGAUAUCUGUUACCUCUUCCAACGCAGUAUCAUUUCGGCUCUGCGGAAGGAGGUAUCUCAGCGAAACUGCUUUGUCGAGAGGUGAAGGUGUUAGGACUGAGGAUGGAGGUUUGUUGCAUAUCGGGAGUGAUGGCUGCAUUGGUCUGGAAGAAAUACGAAGCGCGUUUUUAACCACACCAGGAGUGGACAGUCAGCUGAUUAGUGAGGAAUGGAUUGCUAAUCAUUACAGAUGGCUCGUCUGGAAACUCGCGGCAAUGGAAGUUGCUUUUCCGUGUCAUUUUGCUGGCAGGUGCUUAACACCAGACUGGCUUCUGUGUCAACUCAAGUACAGAUAUGACAAGGAAUUCGAUAGCAGUGAUAGAUCUGCACUGAAGAAAAUCAUGGAACGCGAUGAUGUUUCCAGUCGAACAAUGGUACUUUGUGUAUCAAGCGUCACAGUAACUGAAGACGACACGGAGAAAGAAGCUGUGGAACACAAUGAUAACCAAGGCGACAUAGACGGCCAGAGCAGAAUGAAAAUGGCGAGUUGUGCUAUCAUUGAGGUUACUGAUGGCUGGUACAGCAUCCGAGCCAUAUUGGACAGACCGCUUACUAAGCUGCUGCAUUAUAGGAAGAUUUUUGCUGGUCAGAAGCUGAUUCUAUGUGGUGCUGAAUUAGUGGGAUCCGAACAGGCUGUCUCCCCUCUAGAGUGGAUGGAAAAGAUGCCGGAUGGAACCAAUGUAUUCCGCAAUUCUCGCCACGAAGAAAGAGAGGUCAAAAAGUUUGAAACGGAUCGUCAUCAGCGAAGGGAAAAGUUGUUCCUUAAAAUACAAGAAGAGUUUGAAAAGGAAUGCUUUGAGCCGGAAAGAGAAAGGAGAAGAUCUGCAAGAUUUCGUCGCCGUUCCUUUGUACCAAGUGAUUUGAAAGACUUGCAUGACGGGAAAGAGAUUUACGAAGCCCUUUCACAAGCCACGGACCCGGAUGCAAUUAAAGGGUGCCUCGAUGAACGCCAACUACGAGCUCUAGAGGAAUACCAGCGUUUGUCACAAGAGAGGAAAUUUGCUGAAUUACAGAGCAAGUUUGAGAGUACUUGGAGGGAACAAGAAGAGGAGUGCCAGCCCCAAAGAAAUGUGGUGCCUCUGCUCAAAGUUCGGGUUGCCGACUACUUGCUCAGGGGUCGGGACAGGCAAAAUGCUGUCUUAAGCAUUUGGCGACCAAGCGAAGAAGUUAUGCAGUUGUUGAGCGAGGGAUCCAGGUUGAGGAUCUAUCAUCUUACAGCCUCUGGUGUCCGAUAUCGGCAGGGUGUGAGUGAAGUACAGCUUUCUGCAACAAGGACAACGAGAUACCAGGACCUGUCAAGUGACCCCGAAGUCAAAAGAAUAGUUUACGUUCCUCGAAAGGUCUGCUCGUUUCAAGAGUUACGCUGCAACUCCUCCCAUUUGUUUUCCGAAGUCGAUUUGGUAGGAUUAGUGAUCUUUUGCUCUCCUUUAUCGUCCUUCUCUGGUUCAAGCUCCAACGUGCAGACUGUUUAUUUAUCUGACGAGUGGAGCAACAUAGUGGCAAUCAAGUUUUGGGGAGGAUUAAAGUCGGUUGCUGUAGAGGAUGUGGUCAAAGCUGGUAACUUCAUUUGCUGUAGUAACCUGACAGUCCGCCAAGACGACCGCCUUCAGUGCCCGUUCUUAACCUUUUGGGAACUGUCAAACGUGUCCCUGAAGCCUCGUGAACCACACCUACGGAAUGCCCUAAAAACCCUGCAGCAAAGCAUACAGGAUUUGCGCUUGUUCAUGAGUCAGAUUCAAGAGAAACUGGAUAUCAUUCUGUACCCAAAUCGAGCAUCGCUGCCAGAAAAUCUAAAGGUGGACGCAGAAGCAUUGCACUCCACUGGGAAGGAAAUUGGCCCAAGCUUACUCUCACGACCAUCUUCGUGUAUUGAUGUUAAAGUUUCGCACCAAUCAGAUGACCCUAGCUUGGAGAUUCCCAAUCAAGCCGCGCAUGAAGUCAAUCCCGGCGAAAAGUUGAGACAUUCGAAACGGAAGUUAUUAGAGAGUAUCCCAGAACCCCCGCCUUUGUCACCCCUACCCAAUCUCAUUCCGGCCAGUGUCAGGAGAGAAUUCAAAAAGCCACGGCGGGCUGAAAGCUCAGGAAAUAUUCACAGAAAACAGUGAAGACUUGACGAGAACUGGAGAAUAUUGUAAACAGAUUGCGGAACCCGGUGUCUAGUUCACUUUGCAUUCUUCUCAAACACACCAGACGGUACUUAUAUCAGUUACCAAGGCACUUACUAUCUGUCAGACCUGAUUGGUCACACUGGUCCAUUUUUAAACUCUUUGAUUCCAAGAAGUGAUUAGCAUUUAAGUUCACCUUGCAAAUUCAAAUUUGUUAUCUUGCAAACAGGUUAUGGAAAUACAUAAGUUUAUCAGCUAGAGGCUGUGUUCUUGAUAUUCUGCUGGAA